AUGGCUGCACUUUUCAUUGGUCAUUACUUCCACAGCAAAAGCAGUUUGAUACAACAACUCCAACCCAAGAAUGAUCCAAGAAUUCCCAUCUCAGUUUCCUGCCAGAACAGAGAAUCCAUUGAUCCAUUAAGUUCAGACGAAAAGCAGGAAAAGAAGGAGAACAAGAUAGUCUUUCCCCAGCUUUGUCUUAGUCUGCAAAAGCUUGGAAAGGGAUUGAGAGAUAAUUUGAGUCCAAAGCAGAAGGGUGAUUGGAAAGACUUGACAUUGAUGAGUUUAUCAUUUGCUGUAUAUGUUUAUAUAUCUCAGAAGCUUGUUUGUGCUUACUGUGCCUGGGUGUCCAUGGUGCAACAACCUUGGUAG